AUACCAUCGAUACCCCACGCGAACACGUUCACAUACACACCGGGUGCACGUCUGCCGCUCGAGGAGCUGAUCGGAAACGUGGAUGAGGUCAAAGAAGAAGAACCCUUGAAACGGUCGCCUCAAGAACAGAUUGGCUGGAUACCGAAUAGCUCGUCAGAUCUCCUUACACCAAAUAGAAGAAAGCGACGACGGGCUAAGAGCUCGUCACCUACAUGCCCAGGAUCAUCAUCUCAACCGAAUCAGAACUCUACACAAAAGGACGUUACUUCGACCUUCAAGACCCCUGCUGCAGAUCCCGCAGCAGACUUGUGGCAAAAGUAUGCAAACGGCAGACAGACAGGGGACACUCUGAAGCUCCCGGAAAUCAGCAGCCUCAUCUUCCAGGCUUCGCCGAGACCACUAGAGACGCCCCUCAAAGACGGAAAGCUGAGAAGAUGGGCAAGCACUGGAAAUGACUGGCCGACCAGCAAGAACAAGCGGCGAUGUACCAAUAGUCGAGCAAGCAUUGCCAUUUGGCAAGAUCAGACUGCCAUUGGAUCCGGUGGCAAAAGUAAGGUCGCUACUAUGGUGCAGAAGAUGCAAGAGACGUUGGCAUCUCAAAGGCUUGAGCAAACGCACAAAGAUACACCAACAGCAAUGUCUGGUACCGAAGCUCCUUCCAGCUCGAGUCCUCUGCCUAACUCUGGAGCAAACUCAGGGCCGAGAACUGCAAACACAAGUCCGUUGCAGACAAGGCGACCAGCUGUGCCAGCACAAGCCUCCAGGCCGCCCGCAAUACUCUUCGAUCAUACGCAGUCGAAAGAAAGGCCGCAGAUGCAGCGAACACAAUCUGGCGGCGCUCCAAGUCAGCCCAAAGUCCCGCAAGUACGGGAAGAACCUGUGUCGGCAGCCGCCAAGAACGGGCAAGACGAGUUCGAGGAUGAUGAAUUUGACCUGACCGCUGAUGAUCUGGAUGAAUUAUGCUCUCAGAUCCCGCUUCAUGAGAGGUCAUUGCACGACAUUCCUUCGCAUCCUAACCCGCCGCCACAGUCUCAGUUCAUCGACACAGGCGCUCCAAGCAAAUCGGCAGAACAGCAUCCUACCAUUCUUAUCGAGGACGACGACGAUGAGUUUGGUGGUGACGAGAUUGAUGAAGAUUCGUUCGCGCAAGCAGAGUUGAGUGCAACGCAAGCAUUAAGGAGAUCUCCGCGCAAGCAUAGCCCUCGAAAGAGUUUGCGCAAAUCACGACCGACGCAAUCAAGCCUCGAAAAUCAGAACGCAAAUGCAGCCUCUCGAAUCCGGCGGUAUAUGGUUAUAGACGUGCGAACAGGAUCAUACACCAAUAGCAAGGGCCGUCAAUGUGAACAAAAGGUUCUUAGAAUUGAAGACGAACGGACUCGGGCGAGCGAAGUGAUUAUUUUGCGCGACUCCUGGCUUGACACUGCCGUCUCAAAAGGGAACAUCGUCAACAUCGCCAAACUGAGACGCCACAGCAAUAGCACGCCGGUCGCGAGCUCUCCGCCCUCUGGAGAGACAUUCAUCGAUGACACCGAGCAAAGCAACUUCCUGAUUGUGCAUCCCGACCAUAUGCUAUCUGCAACCACUGUCGCCGAUUCUUUUGACUGCGUGCGGAAGGCUGUUCUUCAGGACCGCAUAAAGGCAACGGGUGAGACUAACAAGUCCAUGGUAUAUGGCAAAAUUCUUCACGAGAUUUUUCAGCAAUGUCUCUCUGCCGACAGAUGGGAUCAGAAAUUCCUGAACGAAAUGGUCGAAAGGACAGUGCAAGCUCAUGUCGAAGGGCUUUGGGAACUGGGUAUGCGUGACAAUGUUCUUGCAAUUGAAGAAGUCAAAGCCAAAAUGGGUGAACUGGAAGCAUGGUCAAGAGUUUUUGUCAAAUCCGAGCCAGCUGCAGACAGCACAGUCGACGAUCGGCAGGGUGGGAAGGUACUCAUGAGUAUCAGCAAGCUCAUCGCGAUAGAAGAACACGUCUGGAGUCCUCGAUAUGGGCUUAAAGGCAACAUCGAUGCGACUGUGCAAGCGACUACGACCAGUCGUCCAGGAGCACCGGAUCUUAGGAAUCUCAUUGUGCCUUUCGAGGUCAAGACUGGACGGACCACACAAUCGGCAUCACAUCGAGCUCAGACAGCUUUGUAUACGCUGCUCCUAUCGGAUCGGUACGAUGUUGAAGUUGGGGCAGGUAUCCUGUACUACCUUGAGUCUUCGUCGAUGUCACGCAUUGCACCACCGUUCAACGAGGUCAAACAAAUGGUGCAGCAGCGCAAUCGACUUGCUUCGUACAUCUUCCGCGCGAGGAAUCCGCCAGAAGCAAAUGCCGCAGGACAUCUCACCAGCCUUCCAGCGGCGUCUCAGCCAAUGGAAGAAUCAGGAUUGCCCGCUCUUCUACGCAAUCCCUUCAAAUGUGGUAGAUGCUAUGCUCAAGAGUCUUGCUUCUCAUACCAUGCAUUGGUGGAGAACGGCACAUUCGAAUCUGCUGGGAUGAUCGACGACAACAAGAAAACGCACACGACGACGCUCAAGAAAUGGUUCGCGAGGUGGGACAAGCUUCUGACCUUCGAGGAACGCGACCAAAGCAGACUGAGGAAAGAGCUCUGGACUAUGACGUCCUUCGAGCGGGAAAGUGCUGGUCGCUGCUUUGGCAAUUUGAUUAUCAAAGAAGACCUUCCACACUCCAAAGUCGCCAGUCAAGCUGCUGUGGACGACAUUGAAGGCUCAGGCGGCAAGAUCAACCGCUACGCCUACUCCUUCAAACGUGCGCCCGGUUCCUCGGGUGGGAGCUUCACGGAAGGCAGUCAGCUGACUGUUGGCGAGCCUGUGGUUGUCUCAUCCGAGGAGGGCCAGUGGGCACUCGCCAACGGAUACGUGACGAAAGUUUCUCCGGCCAAGAUCAGUGUGGCCGUCGACCGCAAGCUCGGGAAUGCCAGGAUGCGAGAGGCUGACUUUGACGGCAAGAACAACCAAGCUUUCCGAGGCUUAAGCAAAGAUCAGGCUCGCAGAGACGACAACCAGCAGCAGAUGCGCUAUCGUCUGGACAAGGACGAGUUCUCCAACGGAUUGGCGCUGGUGCGGAACAAUCUUGUGCGAUUGAUGAGUGCGCAUCCAAUCCACGAAAAGCUCCGUGAACAGAUCAUCUUUGACAUGAGGCCCACCUUCACGCCAUCGCCCGCAUGCCGAAAUGAGUCAGCAAACCCGACCCAACUCGGCACCAUGAACGACGAUCAGCAGCAUGCAGUGGAAAAGGUUCUUGCCGCUGACGACUAUGCGCUGAUCCUAGGAAUGCCAGGUACCGGGAAGACAACAACGAUAGCACAUAUUAUCCGUGCUCUUCUCGCUGAGAACAAGUCGAUACUCCUGACCUCCUUCACCCACACGGCAGUCGACAACAUUCUCCUCAAGAUCAAGGAUCUUGUGCCAGAAAACAGCGUGCUGCGAUUGGGAGUUCCGGCCAAGAUUAAUACUCAGGUCCAGGAGUUCGUACAGCUUGCAGCGAAGCCAAGAAGCACAAUCGAAGAGGUUGACGACGCCUUUAUGGGCACGAGCAUCGUUGCCACAACGUGCAUGGGUACCAACCAUGCGCUCUUCAACCGGCGCUCCUUCGAUGUCUGCAUCGUGGACGAAGCAUCGCAAAUUACACUGCCGACUAUACUCGGACCACUGCUGCAUGCGAGAAAGUUCGUAUUGGUUGGUGAUCACUACCAGCUUCCGCCAUUGGUACAGAACAAAGCCGCUCUUGAGGGAGGGCUCGACGUCAGCUUGUUUCGCCAGCUCAGCGAAGCACAGCCAGACGCCGUGGUAGAUCUCGGGCGUCAGUACAGGAUGUGCGAAGACAUCAUGACCUUGUCAAAUGAGCUCAUCUAUCAUGGCAAGCUGCGCUGUGGCAACGAGGCUGUGGCAUCUCGCAUACUUCAAGCAGAUGACGUAGGCGCACUAAACAGGCUCCACGAUGAGCAUGCGCCGUGCUAUACCAUGCCGUCUACAUGCUGGCUCAAUCGCGUUACUGAGCCGAAUCAGAGAGUCCUCUUUGCCAACACAAGCCAGCUCGGGACGAGCGCUCUUGAGACUCUCAGUGGCGGGGGCAAAAUAACAAACAAUCUCGAAGCGACACUUGUGGCACAGUCCGUCCUCGCUCUCAUCGCACGCGGCGUUCCUGGAUCUGAAAUUGGUGUCAUUACCUUAUACCGUUCACAACUAGCUCUCAUGCGGCAACUGUUCCGCCGAGCAAACAUCCCGGACAGCGUCGAGAUAGAUUCCGCCGAUCGUUUCCAAGGACGCGACAAGGAAUGCAUUAUUAUAUCCAUGGUGCGGAGCAAUGCAGUUCGCAUUGUAGGCGAUUUGCUAAAAGACUGGAGACGCGUCAACGUCGCACUCACGAGAGGGAGAAGUAAGCUUGUCGUGUUUGGAAAUCGGGAGACUUUGAAACACAAUGAGCUGCUGGAGAAGAUGCUAAGUAUGAUGGACGACAGACACUGGACUUUUGACCUGCCAACAAACGCCGACGGUACCCACCGUUUU